UCAUUGAAACAUUUUAAAUUAUACAAAUGGAGCAAAAUAUUAAUGUCAGCAUCAGACUCAAACCUCUCAGAGCUGAAGAGGCUAAGGAUGAACGGAAUUUACAGUGGAGAGAGGUAGGUGGGGACACUCUUAUAAUGACCACUGAGCAUAAAUCAGAGAGCUAUCAAUUCGAUCAUGUCUUUGAUGGUGAUAAAUAAAACAAGAGAUAUAUUCUCAACUUGCAUCCUCAAUCAAAUCUUAAGUGCUCUUAACGGAAUCAAUAUCUCUGUGCUAGUGUAUGGGCAGACUUCGUCAGGAAAGACUCAUACAAUGCAGGGAUCUCAGGAAGAGAGGGGCAUAAUCCCUUUGUCAAUUUCCGCAAUUUUCCAAAAAUUAAAUCAUAUUAAAGCCAACUUCAAAAUGAGAGUCAGUUACCUUGAAAUUUAUAACGAGACUAUUAAUGAUUUGCUUAAUGAGGAAAACAAGAAUCUUGAUUUCAGGAUAAAUCCCCAAACUGGAGACACCUUUGUUAAGAACCUCUCUGAAGAAGAAGUAUGAGACGAGGCAUCUAGCUUUGAAUGGCUUGAAAGAGGCGAAGCCAUUCGUCAGGUAGCUGCGACUGCAGCCAACCAUUGAAGUUCAAGGUCCCAUACAAUUUUCACUAUAAAAUUAGAAAUCAUCAAAGACAAAAUAGUUCAAAAGUCAGAUAUCGUCCUUGUUGAUCUUGCUGGGAGUGAGAGCGCAGGAAGGGCUGAAUCCAAAGGGAUGCGAUUUAAGGAAGGUGUGAACAUCAACAAGUCUCUCCUCUCCCUUUCCAACACCAUCAGUAGCCUGAGCAAGCCUAGCAGGAGCAAAUAUAAUGGAUUCAGGGAAUCUAAACUCACAAGAAUUCUUGAAAAAUCUUUGAGCGGGAACUCAAAGACCUUCAUUAUUUGAACGAUAAGCCAACUGUACAAGAACCAGUUCGAAUCUUGAAAUACGAUUAAAUUUGGAAUAAAGGCAAAAUCUAUGAAAACUACUAUAAUAGAAAACAGGAAUAGUCUCUCAAGUAAAGAAAUGUCUGUAAAUCCCUUCUUAAAGCAAAUGAAUGACGAUAAGAAGCGAUACAAAGAACGGAUUCAGGACCUUGAGGAGCAACUACAGUACAGAAUUUUCCAUCCUGACCAAGAAGUUGAUGAAGACCCUCCAGGGUUUGUCCCUGAGUACGCCCUGACUGAAUACAUCCUACAGCAAAGGAUCAAUUUCUUAGAACUUAAAAUAGAUGAACUUAUAUGUGAGAAUUCCAUGCUGAAUAACAACCAGGCAGAAGAAGAGGUCUCUAGAAGGAGUCCUACAGAACGGGAAAGGGAGUAUUCCAGCAUUAAGGAGCACAAGCACUUAAAAGACAGUCUGAAGCAUUCAAAUUCCAAUAUAAACUUCCUUAAAAGUCUAAAUGAGCAAUUACUCGAUUGGUUGGGGUCAUUCCAGACCUCUGAGGUUCAUCGGAAGAAGUACAAAGAGAUCAAGCAGAGUUUAGCAAAUCUGUGCCCAGUUCCAGUCCCUGAGUCCCAAUCCUCCUUGGACGACCUCGGGAUCAGUGAUGAACAUCUUGAACUAGCUCUCACAGUUGACGACUUAAAAUAGAGAAAUCAGUGAGCUCCAGGAUAAAAAGGAUAUCCUCGAAAGGGAAGUAGAGCUUGCCAACGACAUCUUAGACCAAGAGAGAACAGAUUGAGGGUACCUCUUUGAUGAAUUUGAGCAAAAGAUAGCAGACCAAGAACGGGAGAAAACCUCGAUGAUCUUAUUAGAGAGAGAUUACAAAGAGAAAGCAGAGGCUAAAAUCAGAGAUUUGUCAAGAUCAGUCUCGAGGUUUACAAAGAGAAACCAAGUUCUCCAAAAAUAAGUUGAAGAAGAGAACUGAUGAAGCCACUUUAAUUAAACAACAGCUUGAUGACAAACACAAGGAAUGAGCCCUCUUGAAAUCUUCAGUCAGGUCCUUGCAAGAGAAAGAGCUUAGACUCAAUGAGAUGGAGAGCAACUACAAGAAAUGACAGUUUGAAAUAGCCAGAAUGGCUGGAAUCGUCUGUGACAACCAACAGCUCCAAGAGAAGGCAAUUAGGCUGGAAGAGAUGAACUCUACCCUUACUCAGAAACUAAAUAAGCAUAGAGCUGAAAGUCUCCAAACACAACCUUCUCAAGUGUAUCAGAGGAGAAAAUCAUGAAGUUGAGAGCACCUCAGCAGGGUGCUCAAAUCAGCAAAUACAGUACUCAAAUCCGGAAUGAAGUAAUAUCAAGGAGCUUCAUGAGGUAUCUGACCAACCAAAAUCUAUCGGGAAGCUAAAAAGUAGAGAAAAUCUGAAUAUCCCUCAGUUUACUAAAAGAGUUUCAAGAAUGGAUAUUCUCAAAGAGCAAACUCAAGUAUUCAAAGACCUCCAAGAGUUACUCAGUAAGGCCUCUGUUGAAGAUAUCCCAGCUAGGUCUCUCCAGCCCAAAGGCCAAGCCAAACAUGACCAUAACAAUGAAAAGGAAGAUUUAUGAUCAAUCCUGGAGCAGCUCCAGAGUAUCAACAGUACGAUUAAACCAGUCGCCUUCUAGUUCAAUUUUUGCCACAGAA